CAUGGACUACUGGGAGAUGCCAGUAACUGGGUCACAAAUCAGCCCAACAACAGCUUGGCCUUCAUGUUAGCUGAUGCUAGCUAUGAUGUUUGGAUGGGAAACAGCAGAGGGAAUUGCUGGCCCAGACAUCAACAUUAUUCCACUGAUCAAGAUGAGUUCUGAGCUUUCAGUUUUGAUGAGAUGGCCAAUUUUGAUCUUCCAGCAGCAAUAAACUUCAGAGUGAAGAAGACUGGACAGGAAAAGCCAUACUAUAUUGGUUAUUCACAAGUCACCACCAUUGCUUUCAUUGCUUUUUCAGCAAUGCCAGAACUGGCACAGAAAAUCAAACUCUUUAUUGCUUUGGCACCUAUCACUGCUAUUAAGUAUGCCAAAAGCCCAGCAUACCUUCCGGAAAAACUGCUCUGGGGUUUGCUUGGCAAAAGAGAAUUCCUUACCCAGACUGAAUGUCUAAGGAGGCUGAUAGUCCCUCUCUGCAGCCACCUUGCUUUUGCCAAGCUUUGUAGAAAUGUCUUCUCCAGUGUGGAGGGCUAUAACAUGAAUUACAUUGACAUGAACUGGGUCAAUAUGUAUAUUGCACGAGCUGCUGCUGGAACAUCUGUGCAAAACAUAAUCCACUGGAGUCUGGUACAAGUGAUCAAACUUCUGGCACACAAAAUAAGUUCUAACCCCUGGUUGUACUCUAUGGAAUGUAGGUAG